AUGGCGGAUUCGAAUGGUGCGCACGCGCGUCCUUCGCAGUCUCAAACGACGACGACGACGACGACGUCCUAUCCAUCGCCGCACUCCUACCCGUCGCCAUCGAUGCCUCCAUCAUACGCAUACCAAGCACCGUCGCAGAGCCAAUCGAACAAUGAGCAGUAUCGCGCCUCGCCGAAUGCGCCGGGUGGACAGAUAGGGCCUCUGAACCUCCCUCCAAUACAUACAAUUGAUGGACAGAACCUUCCCCAGCCCCCUCCGCAGCAAGCUGGUCCACCGCAUACGGGCGCCCAACUUCCUCCUCCCAAUGUGCACAUGGGCGGUGCGUACUACACCCAGCAUCAACACAGUCCCUCACUGCCACCACCAUCUGCGCAUAUGUCUGCUUCUUCUCCCCAUAAUGCUCAUCUAUACUCUGCAGGCGUGCGAUACCAGCUGCCGCCGCAGCAAGGUGAUCAACGAAUGAUGUCGGGUGGAAGGCAUAAGAAGGAGAUCAAGCGUCGCACAAAGACGGGAUGUCUGACUUGUCGCAAGAGAAGAAUAAAGUGUGACGAAGCCCAUCCUAUCUGCAACAACUGCCGCAAAAGCAAACGCGACUGUGCUGGAUACGAUCCCAUCUUCAAGCAACAGCCUAGUCCUGCGCAAAUUCAACCAGCGCCAACGUCUGCUCCUACUGCAAGCGCACCUGCUCCAGUGCCGCCUGCGCCUGUACCUGCGCCAUAUUCACAUAUACCGCAAGGGUACGCGCCUGCGUCCAACUCAUCGUACCCGCCUCCCAUCAGCUCGACCGCGCAUCCACCACCACCACCGCCACCACAACCCUCUACUCACGAGCCAUACGACUUCAGCGCGCCUAUAGACCCAGCACUCGGUGGUCCAGAACACGCAGCAAUGCCACACGACGGUCAAGGAUCACGGCCAGAUCCCAAAGGGCCCUUCAGCAACAAUGGCAUGUACCCAGGUGCAGACCGGGGCUUUCAAGGUAGUGAGGAUUUCUAUAUCAAGAAAAACGACAUCAAAGACUUGUUUGUCAUUAGCAACAUCCCUCCACCCACGAUACCUCCCAGUCACACGAUACCGGCAGACCUGUCAGAGGUCAAACAGGUCUUCACCAACGACUACGCCACCGGUCUUGAUCGCAUGCUAGAUACGAUAUGGUUCACGCACAAAGGCCUCGAUGCGCUGCUAGGCGACUCCGAGGCUCUUGCCGCUUUCUCAUACCUCAUCGUCCUGUUCCGGACGUCGCAGACUGACUACAGCACCAGCCGUCAGAUUCCCAGUUUCGAAGCCCAGACAAUCUGGCAACUGCUUUCACUGUGUCGAAAAGCACAGCCUGCAAGCACAAAUGGCACCAGCACGUCGACAACGGAAGACGUUCCGCUGCAAGAAGCCAAGAGUCGACUCGACAUCCUCGAGCACCUUAUUACCGGCCACACCAAGGACGUCAAUCCAUUGCUGAACCUUGCAUAUCCCAACAUCGAGCCAAGUUCGGACAAGUACAGCGAGACGAAUUUCUGGAAACACCUCGGCACAUUCAUCACAUUGCGAGACGACGACUCGUCUUCGACAAAGGAAAUCGAGAGUGUGCUAAUUGACAUGCGAACAUUCCUGCUUAUGCAAGAAAACCGGGACGUGAUAUACUCGAUUGCGAUCGUAAGGCACGUCGGUACACGGCUGGCCAAUGCACCCGUGCAACAAACGUACAACAACACGGAAGAGGAUGAGAACAAUAAACUCUACAUCGCAAAGAGGUUCUUGGAAGAAGAAGCUCAGAAUGGUAUGACGCAAGUCAUUGCACGUGUGGCUGGUAUGGCGGUGCGGAGCUGGCACGUUGGGCGGUGA